CAUGAGCCCAGUCGCUAUACCGACUACAUAUGGACACCACAGGGUCUCAUGUGCAAACUCUACACGCAGCCAAGGAUGGCCUUGGACUACUGACCUAUGUCCCGAGUGUUGGGAUUACAGACCAGAGCCAAAAUCCUGAGUUUUAGGGAGAAAAAGACUACAGAAUCUUCUAGAAGAGGUAGAGCAAACCCUCCGGCCAAGCAAGACAUAAGAAGCUAUGGUGACAUCGAUGAUCAUCGGUGGAAGAUGCUCCGGGACCCCACCCGGCCUGUGCCCGAUACUCACGAGCCCACCACCAGGCUGGCACCCUCCAGCACGGCCAGGCUGCGCAGAGCGGACCCGGCCAGGAAGCGCUCGCCGCGGGCACACACCAGCACCACUUGCUCCGCGUUCUCCAGCAGGAGGCGGUGGCCGGUCGCCAUGGUCGUCCUAAGUGCUAGCCGGCUGCAGAGGACGGUAGAGCCCCGCCAGCGGCUCCCUGGAGGGGCGGGGCAGCGCGGGGCGGGAGCUCGUUAGCAGCCUGGAGACUCUGACAGCAGUGUCAACAAGAAUGGCUCUUAGCAUUAAACCUUACUGUGGACGCCAGUCCUUUCAGGUCUGCUUUGCAGGUUUUAGGUGAAGGAGGACCAGGAGACAAAAUGACAUCCCAGUUUUUUCAGACAUCGAUGAGUACUAAAGAUAAAAUAAAAGAUGAUGUGAUCAGAAAGGAACGACCCUACAAGAUCUUUUUCAAAGAUCUCUUCCUUUUCAAAGAAAAUGAGGUGGCCGCGAAGAAAAAGGAAAGACUCAUGAGCCGUAACAUGAAAAUCCACCAGAAGACGACGUUUUCAUCUCGCAUGAAGAGCCGCUCGCACCUCAGCCAGCUGACGUUCUACGCGGAAGGAGGCGGCGGCUCCUACGAAGACCUGGGGCUAGACCCCACUCUUAUUCUCAGACUGACAGAAGGCGCAGACAGAAAGAGGACUGUGCACGAGUUUAUUAAUGACCAGAGAGACAGAUUUCUACUCGAGUAUGCAGUAUCAACCAAGAAAAACACAAUUCAAAGGUUUGAAAAGCUCAUAGCCAUGAAGGAAAAUCAACUCAGAAAAGCCGAGAAAAAGCUCCAAGCUGACGCCAUAGCCUUUGAAGACUUCCUACGUGAAAAUGACCAGAGAUCUGUAGACGCUCUUAAAAUGGCAGCACAAGAAACAAUAAACAAACUCCAGAUGUCAACAGAGCUCAAGAAAGCAAGCAUGGAAGUCCAGGCAAUAAAGAGUGAAAUAGCGAAAACCGAAUUCCUCCUCAAGGAGUACAUGAAGUACGGAUUCUUCCUGCUGAAGUUGUCCCCGAAACAUUGGCAAGCGCAGCAAUCACAGAAGAGAGCUCAGGCGUCAAAGAGUAGCCCCAUUCUCCCAAGAAUCUUGGAAAAAUUCUCGUUAAGUUCAAGUAAAAGAGAUAGCUGCGCCGAUUUGGACGGGCUGUCUCUUUCCGAUGAGCACGGUAUAAGAACAAGCCAAGGACGGGAACAGAAGAAAUCUUUCAGCCCAGACUCGAAGAAAUCCUCCAUGUUCAAUCGGCCUGAAAGCAUAGGCUCAGAGGACAGCCUGGAGUUCUUUCUAGAGGACGAGCCGCUGGAGUUCGAUCUGAUGCCGGAGAUCUACUUCAAGGAGCCAGAAGAGUUGCUCCAGGUCCUCACCGAGCUGGAGGAACAGAAUCUCACCUUGGUCCAGUAUUCCCAGGAUGUGGAUGAGAAUCUCGAAGAUGUCAACAAAAGAGAGAGGUUUAUACAGGAUAAGAUAAACAACAACAUUGAGUUCCUGCUGGAGCAUAAGCAGGUGCUUAAGGCCAAUUGUGAGCGAGAAGAGGAAAAGGCAGCGGAGCUGGAGCUGAGGUCCAGGCUCUUCAGUUUUGGAGAAUUCAAUUCGGAUGCUCAGGAAAAGCUGAUAGACUCGCUCAGUAAAAAGAUUAAUCAAGUCUACAGAGUCUGCAUUGGAGAUGCUGAGGUCGGCAGCCUGAACGCAGUUCAAAAGCUGGUCAAAGUCGAGUCUCGCCUGGUGGAGCUGAGUGACCUCAUUGAAUCUAUUCCCAAAGAAAAUGUAGAAGCCAUUGAAAGAAUCAAACAGAAGGAGCGACGGCAAAAGCUGCGUGAAGAGAAGAUGAGAGAAAAGCAAAGACACCAGGAGGAGCGGCUAAGAGCUGCGCUGGAGAGAGCAGUAGCACAGCCCAAGAAGAAGCUGGGAAGACGACUGAUCUACCGUUCGAAACCUCGAUCUGCUAGCAAACAGGAGUUACUUUUAAUUGGCGAUACAAGAACAAAAACACAGGAGGAAGAGUAUUUUUUUAGCUGAACAGGAGCAUGAAGACAUUUAAUUAGCAAAUGUGUUAUACGAUGUUGGCGUUUAGUGAUGCAGUGCUGAGGUUUACAGGAGUAGGCAUGGCAACUGUUUUCUUCUGCCAAACCACUACUCACUGCCAUCAUCCAUGAGCUAAGAAACACUGUACUUUAGGUUGUCCCCUUUCGAGACACAUCCAAAGUACUUUAUUUGUAGAAUUACAGGAAGCAUGAUUUAUAUAGCAGAAUGGCCUCCCUCAAAGCAUGAGAAUUUUAGUCAUUUUCUAAAGCAGUAAGUUCAUAGCUACGAAUGUACAUUUUAACAAUGUGCCAUUCUGAAAACAACUGGACAGGUUAAACUAUGGCCUCAGAUCAUGAGACUGGUUAUUUCACAGUAAGCUCGGAAAACUUAAGUGAACAAACCACACACUUUUAGCUUAAAUGUCAGUUUGUAUUAUGCUCUAUCUCCAUAAUUUCAAUUUUCAUGUUUUGACUUAGCUACAAUAUGUACAUUAGUCUAUAUUGAUAUAUAAUUUAUUAAUACAAUAAAUAUAAAUACUAAGGAAAUGUUAAGCAUGUUAAAGUGGUUUAAAAACCUUAACCGACACAGCUGCUAAGUCUCAGUUAAUACAAUUACCGUGGCUAAAACUCACCUUCAGAAAAGUUCUAAAGCACAAACUUAUCCUUUAUAGGAAAAAUGAAAUCAGUGAGUGGGCUUAUCAAAGUCACCUUGAAUAAAACUGGGGGCUCUUAAAGCAUUAGUUCUAUGCGCUUUGCAUACGAAUGUCUGCACAGAAAUAGUUCACAAGUUGAAAAAAAAAACAACCCAAAUCUUUAUUGUAUAGAAAUACAUAUAUAUAAAAAACCUCAAAGAUGCUAUUCUCUCAUUUCCCCAUCUUCCUCCUCCUCUUCAACGCCUCGGAUAUAAAGGACAUUAUUACACCUGUAACAACAGAACAAAGGUCCGUUUGAUGUUUCACUCAACCACGCACGAUCACCACUGCUCCAUUUUUGGACUUGAUACUAAACUCAGCUUGUCACCCUCUGCUGGUGCUAUUACACAGACGUGUUUAAAAGCACAUGGCACAUGCUUCUGCCACUGUCAUCACAGAGGUGGAUGCUCAUACAACAGAUCCUCAGCAGCUAGACUCAACGUCAAAUCCAAGUUCUGUAACCCAGGACACUGAAACAGGUCACAGCUAAGGACCGAGAAAUGUAGUCAACAGUAGGAAAACCUUGAGGAUGAACUGAAAUCUCCCAAGGCUUCCAGACUCUAGAUGCAGAGUGCUGUUAAAUCUUUUGGCUUUUUUUCCUUUAAAGUAAUCCCCAAACUAAAAGACUAAUUUAAGCAGAUUUGAGUUUCACCAGUAACUCCUCACACACAAACGCGCUCAUUACCUUAUUAGAACUUCACCCAGAUGUCCAGACAAUGCACCAUCUAUGUAUUCUUCUGUAUUUGCAAGCUUUAGAUAGAAAGAAAGAUGUUAGUGUAACUGCACAAGGAGAACAGUGUAGCAUGCCUGCUGGUGAGCACAGUGACUGAGACGAGACUACAACUCAGACUGUAUCGUAAUUAGUAAGUAUAGAAAAUUAGCUUUCUAUUUUGUAUCUAGAUCUCCUGUAUUAAGACAUGCAUGGUACAAAGCUAAUAUAUAUAAUAAAGCUUGUUUCAAAGCUGUUA